AUGGUGAUCAGUGAUACUACUUCUUCAGCAGAUGCUUCUAACAAAACGUUGUGCUGUACCUUUGCUUCGCGCUACGUUCGCGAUGCACUCCCUAGGUUUCAAAUGCCGGAUAAAUCAAUACCAAAGGAUGCAGCUUACCAAAUAAUAAAUGAUGAGCUGAUGCUCGAUGGAAAUCCAAGGGUGAAUUUGGCGUCAUUUGUGACUACUUGGAUGGAGCCUGAGUGUGAUAAGCUGAUUAUGUCUUCCAUAAACAAAAACUAUGUUGACAUGGAUGAGUACCCUGUUACAACUGAACUUCAGAAUCGAUGUGUUAAUAUCAUUGCACACCUUUUUAAUGCUCCUGUUGGAGAUGAAGAAUCAGCAGUUGGUGUAAGCACUGUAGGGUCUUCAGAGGCAAUCAUGCUGGCAGGUUUAGCAUUUAAAAGGAAAUGGCAGCAAAAGAGAAAAGCAGAAGGAAAACCUUGUGACAAGCCUAAUAUAGUCACAGGAGCAAACGUGCAGGUUUGCUGGGAAAAGUUCGCUAGGUACUUUGAGGUAGAACUGAAGGAGGUCAAAUUGAAAGAAGGAUAUUAUGUGAUGGAUCCAGAGAAAGCUGUGGAUAUGGUGGAUGAGAACACCAUAUGUGUAGCUGCUAUCUUAGGUUCCACCUUGACAGGAGAGUUUGAGGACGUGAAGCUUCUUAACGAUCUUCUGAUUAAGAAGAACAAGGAGACUGGAUGGGACACACCCAUUCAUGUUGAUGCUGCUAGCGGUGGAUUCAUUGCUCCCUUUAUUUACCCUGAUAUUGAGUGGGACUUUCGGUUGCCAUUGGUGAAGAGCAUUAAUGUUAGUGGUCACAAAUACGGCCUUGUUUAUGCUGGUAUAGGUUGGGUUAUCUGGAGGACCAAAGAAGAUUUGCCAGAGGAUCUUGUUUUCCACAUUAAUUACCUUGGAUCUGAUCAGCCGACUUUCACACUCAACUUCUCCAAAGGUUCAAGUCAGAUCAUUGCGCAAUAUUAUCAGUUGAUACGGCUUGGCUUUGAGGGUUACAAGCAUAUCAUGGAAAAUUGCAGGGAAAAUGCAAAGAUGUUGACAGAAGAAAUAGAAAGGGUGGGGAAAUUCAAAGUGGUCUCCAAGUAUAUCGGUGUCCCAGUCGUUGCAUUUUCUUUAAAAGACAGCAGCAACUACAGUGUUUUUGACAUAGCAGAGAGAUUAAAGCGCUUUGGGUGGAUUGUCCCAGCUUACACAAUGCCAGCCAAUGCUGAGCACAUUGCAGUGUUGCGCGUGGUAGUAAGGGAGGAUUUUAGUAGGAGCCUUGCAGAGAGACUUAUGUCCAACAUCCAUCAAGUACUAAAUGAGAUGGAUGCUUACCCUGUCGCGGUAUCAAGCAAGUCCACCCAUGUUACCAUUGACAAGGAUAAAACACAAGGAGACAAGGUUGUUACCAAGAAAGAUGUUAUAGAGACUCAAAAGGAAGUAACUAAGUACUGGAAAAAGCUUGUUGAUCGAACCAAGGCAAACGGAGUUUGCUAGUCACCAUGUGCCCUCUCAGUUACGAAUCUGUAUCAUGUUAUUGUAUCAUACUAUCAUACAGUUUAUUUUGCUGGUCAAUCUUUCCUGAUUAAGGGAUUG